UUUCAGAUCCCGUUGGCCCAAGGAGCUGCCCUGCACGCAUCCUGUGCUGUUGUGACUCUUAUUUAUCACCGGAGACUAGAGUUUCCUGUAUUUUAGUUACUGGUGGCUUCAUCCUCCUGGUUUGUGGAUAACAAUCAAGAUAUUCAGCUGCUUUUCUUCGCCUUCCUUUAAGUGAAGUGGUUUAACACCAGUUUAAAAAAAGGUUUACCAUUAAAGGGCUGUCUUUAUUUUGGCCCAGUGCUCCCCUCCCCUUGUAUGAGAAACUUGCUGGAAUGCUGCUUUCUUGUUUUAUUUUUAAAGGACUUAAACUACUUACUCAUCAGUGACUUUUUGUAACCCCCAAUAGGGAGUUCUAGUUUUCCAGUAUCAAUUGGAGAGAAGAAAAAAAGGCAUGGAAUCCCUGAUUAUGAUCCUAAGCAUAGUUAAGAUUUCAUCUUCUAGAAGAAAUGGAAUACUUGGUGCAUAUAUGUCAUCCACACAAUUAAUUUCAAGCACUUCUUUUUUCUUCAUUCUUGCACUUUAAAUAGAUGGAAAAGUCCUUAAAUAGGGAUUGGGUCAUGAGAAUGUCUGAGCUCCAUGCACUAAGCCAAGUUGUUUAAGGGCACCAAACCAACUCCAACUCAGUCUACGGUGGGGAGUUUUCUAAACUUAGUCAGUAAUCUGUUGUCCAGAACCAGUCACUUCAAACAGAAGAAAAGCACUGAACUGCAUCUGCUUACACCUGGGAUUUUUGAGCAUCAGCGCAAUGAUAUUCCAAGUUAAUGGUUUUGGAGAAUUUACAGAAGGAUUGGAUCCUGAAUUUCUCUCCAAGGCCAACAAGAAUGACACACCUUGAACUGAUCAAAAUAAGAUACAAGGAGAAAGGCCAGUCAUCGCAAAUCACCUCUAUUAUAAUUAAUGAAUAUGUGUCUCACCUGCCUGAGAAGCUCCCAAGCCCAGAUUUCCCACACGCAUUCCUGCCAAGUCAUUGGGUUGGGUCCAGCUAGUCUUUGUAUAUACCACCUUAAAUAUCAUCUCUUCCCUGAUUUAUUCCAGGUAGUUACUCGAUUCCCAUCUGUGACUCACAAGGCCACCACUUUGUACUUCCCUCACUUUACACAGCAGAAUUCUUUGAGUCCCUCUGGCAUAAUCUUUUUAACCCCAUCCCAGAAUCCACUGCACCAAAUCAGCCCACAUGAUCCCAUUUUGUUGCAUGCAUAAUCAUAAUCAGGUGCUAAUUCUGCUUUAUUCGUUGUGCAACUUACAACACAGUGAGAUGUUUAUAUUCGAUGGAGCGACAGUUGAUAAUUUUACAUCUGAAAACUAUAAGAGUCUAAUGAACACUUCUGUUAGACAAUGUCAAGAGUCUGCACAAUCCCCUUUGGGAUUUUUAAAGCUAGAUGGAAAAUGCAAGGGAGGGAAGAUUUUGCUAAAAUUUGGUUGAAUUUGUCAGGAGCAAAUUCCUAAAACUGUGUUUGUAAGGCUAUUAGUAUUAUGAUUUAUUAUGUUUGUAUGGAAUCCAUUUUGUUAUCUAAAAUGGAGGACUUGGUCAUGUGCUCAGGAGGGCAGUUGGAGUGUUUUCCCGCCCUUUCCAAUAGUCAGCAGUGUAAACAAGUUCCAGUUUUAACUGGAUUUUCCCAGGGAUUCUAUGAGGUUCCCUAAGGGGUUUCGCGCUAUAGAGUCUAUAUAAAAGCAGCAGUUACCUCAGUUGGGGGCUGCCCAUCCGAGUGGCAGGCGCGUGCAGGUUUGCUUCCACAGGUGAUCGAAACUCCGGACAAGUGCCAUCUCCAGCUAUUACUUACCACCUGCGGCAGUUAACAUCCAUCGUUGUCAUUUGCCUGUGAACACCCAUCAUCUUGUGAGCCUGCCGCCGUGUCAGCCGGUGCCAGUGAGAAGGACGAGUCAUGGAGGGAUCUCCUCAGAGUUCCUCUCCUGAGGCUCUGUACGAGCCAAAGGAUCGAGGUCCUGAGUGACCAUCAGAAGGGUGACAAUGCCCUUAAAAAAUUUCAAAUGGAGGUGUGGACUCCUGCGGAACUCUUAGACAUAGUCUGUGGACCCCCAGGAGUCUGCCUACCAACCACUGAUUUAAAAGGAUACUACUUGAUUCCUACACACUACAGAUCUAUCCAUUCUAUUGAGCAUCCGUGUCCCGUUGAGGCUGAACAUAGUCUGAGGUAUACCGGGAUUGCCCCUGAAGAAAUGAGAGACCUGUCACAGUCCAGCUGUGAGGGUGAUUACCCAUUGGAACAAACUGCCGAGAGAAGUGGUGAGUUCUUCAUCCGUUGGACCUUCAGAUCAAGAUUGGACUCAAUACAGGAGAUGGAGAAGAAGAAAAUUCUAAUGAAAUCCAAAGUUGCUGCUUCAAACCUUCUGAGUGCGCUGCAUUCGCUCUAUCAGUUUGGUCACCUCUGUGAUGUGACGGUUCAUACUGAGCACCUAGGGAUCCAGGAGGAGUUUCUGGUUCAUAAGGCUGUCUUGGCUGCUUCCAGCAAUUACUUUAAAGGGCUUUUUCUUCACGGUGAGAUGUUGGAUGCUAAGAAUUGCACUGUGACUCUACAGGACAUUUAUACAGAAGAAUUUACCUCCUUUCUGGAAUUUGUCUACACUGCAGAAGUAGAGAUUGACGCAGAAAAGUUGCAUCGGAUGAAGGAGGUAGCCGAGAGACUCGAGUGCAAGGAUUUGCUUGACAUUUGUGAAGAAAUGAAGGCAGAGGGUAGAAACGCCUUAGAUUUGAGUGUCCACUUGAAAGGUCAGAUAUGUGAAAAUGGUGGGUCCCAGUGGGCUCGUGUCCAGCAAGCAGAAGACAAUGAAGUGAAUGAUUCUUCCCAAAUUGGGGUGACAUCCAUGAAGAGAAAAUUUUGGGACAGCCAGGAAUGCAGAAAAUUACUACCAGACUACGAGAUUGUUGAUGGACAACCUGCAAAUCCCAAUAAAGGUGGGACAGAUCUUCCAGAGUCGAAAGCUGGGAUGGUAAAGUCAGACAAACGGAACAAAAUAGAGACAGGUGAGAUGAUUAGCAUGGAUACAGUCACCCCAGAGGAAAAUAAGACAAGCCAUUGUGCCCUAAACUGGUCAGACUCAAAGGAAACCUGCACAGGGAUUAAAAGUGUGCUUCCUGGCCAGGAGGAGGAUGAAAAUAGUUUAAUUUCUGAGCUCCCCAGUAAAACCGAACGUAGGAAAUCACCUCGCAACGUAUCAAAAGUCUUGCCAAAAAUGUACACGUGUGAGAAGUGUAACCAGUCAUUCCAUUUCAUCAAACACUAUCAGUCACACAUGGAGCUGGAGCACGACAUCAACAUAGUCCUCAAACACAGCUGCAAUAUGUGCGACCAGCUCUUCUCGAAUCGCCAGAACCUCAGGCAGCACCGCCUCACGGUUCACAAUGACGAGCGGCGCUUCCCCUGCGUGUUUUGUGAGAAGAGGUUCAAGCGCCGGAAGGAUAUAAAUGACCAUAUCCGGAGGGUGCAUGAAAAGAAAAGGAAUCCCCAGGCAUGUCCAUACUGCAACAAGGUUAUCAGCUCCAAAUGCGGCCUGACAGUUCACAUUCGAACCCACACUGGAGAGAAACCUUAUAAGUGUGAACGCUGCCCAGCCAGCUUUGCUCAGAGGUCUGCUUACAAUACCCAUGUAAGAAAAAUACAUGAAUCUGGGCAAGACAGGAAGCUUAUGCCAGUCUACUGGAUGGUAGUUCCACCUGCAGAUAGACCAGAUGCAACAUACUGUGAAACAGAUAUUAGCAAAGAAAGAUGGGAUGGGGCAUCAGAUACUGCGUUGCGAAAAGCUGCCAGGAGCAAGGAAGCCACGGACUACGAGGAAGAACCAGGGAGCUCAUCUAAUGCACAAGUGGAUUGCAGCAGUGAAGGGGAAGAAAGGAAGGGGCAAUACGAUGAAUCCGAAGCUAACAGAGAAGAUGAAAAUGAAGACAGGGAUGAGGAUAAAGAAGAAACAGAUGUGAAGGGGGAAGAGGAGGGAGAUUACGAUGCAGUUUAUUCUGAAGCAGAUGGUGGUAAAGAUAACGAGGAUGUUAGUACAGAUGACGACGAUGAUUCCUCUAAUGAUAAAGAUGCUGAAGAAAAUGAAUCAGGUGAAGACUUUAAAAUAAAGAAGGUAAAUAAGGCCCGGGUAACUAAGAAGUCUGCCUAUGUUAUAACAUGCGAUAAAUGUGAUGAGCAGUUUGUAUCUCGAAAAAAAUAUGUGGAUCACUGCAAAGAUGUCCAUCAGUCCUUGCCCGGUAAAGUCUAUCAGUGUGAUAUCUGUAGCAAGUCAUUUGCUAGCUACAACAGCUGGAAAGAGCACAGAGCGUGUGUCCAUACUGAAGAAAGGCAAUUUGCCUGCACCCUCUGCAAUGCUACAUUUAAAAGAAAGAGAGACGUGAGGACGCAUUAUAUGCGGAAGCAUGAAGGGAGAGUGAAGCGCCCACUAUGUUCGGUCUGUGGGAAGAUUCUGAGCUCUCGAACUGCAUUGGUGUUUCACAUGCGGACACACACAGGGGAAAAACCCUACGAAUGUAGCAUUUGUCAUUCAAAAUUUGCACAGCCGUCACAGCUUAAGAUCCACACCAGGUCUCAUACAGGAGAAAAGCCAUAUAUUUGUGAGGACUGCGGAGCUUGCUUUGCUGACAAAGGCAAACUAAAUGGUCACAAGAGGACACAUACAGGAGAGCGUCUCUUUAAAUGUGACGUGUGUGGAAAACAUUUUGCCACCAAUGAAUACUUAAAAUGCCAUAAGCGAUGCCACAUGGGAGCUAAGCCCUAUAAAUGUGAUGUUUGUGGGAAAACGUUUGGACUGAGAGCCUCGCUAGCCCAACACAGUAAUGUUCAUGCAGAGACGCGUCCAUAUUUUUGCGAACAGUGCGGAAAAACAUUUACUCAGCAAGGAGCUCUCAGGCGUCACCAGCGUAUUCACACCGGUGAAAAACCAUACAAGUGCAGGGCUUGUGAGAGAACCUUCACAGACAUGUCUACCUUACGGAGACACGUAUCGAUCCAUGACCGGAAUGCUCACUGGAGAAGUUUCUUAAUAGAUCUUACUACCAAAAAAGACCAUAAUUGGUCCAAAAUAGAAACCUUAUCAGAUGUCUGUAUGGGUGAGGACUCAGCACCUGAAAUUUGGUCAGUUGACCAAGGUAAACUUUAUAAACCAGAAAGUAUUAGCGUAAAAAAAGCAGAACAGAGGCCAUCUAGUUUUAACAUGCGAGAUGCUGAUCACUCCCUUUUAUACUUGUAACUUUUAUUGCUCUAACCAGAAAAUUAUAAAAUCUCUUGCUACACUCUGAACGAAAACAUUUCAAAUCUUUUUUCAAUAUAGCUGCUUCAUUUUUAAGCUAUGUGAGAUACUCUUAUCUUUUUGCAAUUGAUACAAGAUGUUACAUUGAAGUCUUUUAUCUUGUUAUAGUAAACUAUUUAUGCCAAUUAGGUGUUAGACCUAUGCACAGAGUUUUAUUUUUAAAAAAUAUCUUGAAUAUAUCACACAGUAAAAUACCCAUUUAAUUAAAAUAUACCGGUAUGUUUGUUUUUGUGUGUGUAUCUAUAUAUACAUGCACAUGCAUAAUAGUGGUCUUGUAAAUUAUUGUCUUUAUAAUAAAGAUAUUAUGUUUAGAACAAUCCACAUAAAACAUAAUCUAUGCUGUAUCUAAUUUAUUUGUACAUAUUUUAUUGUAAAAUAUUUGUAACUUUCUCGAUCAAUACAAAAAUGUUCAAAUAUUUGCUGUGUAAUGUUAUAAACCAACUAGAACAUAGCUGGUUAAUGAUAGAAGUCAGUGAUAUAUGCUGUUUCCCAGCUUUCGAUGGUUCAUUUUGUCUUAAUACUGUGAUAUUUGCUUUUAACCCCUAAAUAUAAUUUCUUUGUAUACUGUAAAAAUAAACUUCAAAAUUAUUUCUUAAAGAGUGAUGGGACACCUCUUAGGUCCAUAUGUAAAAUAAAUAAUAAGCUGUGAAUUAUGGGCCCAAUUUUAUAAUUCAAAGGUUUGACUGCACAACCCUAGAUUAAAAUAAAUCGGCUUUUGCAUGGGAUGUAGUUUUAUUGGCCUCCUGAGAGUUUGAGCAUUCAAAUUCCCAAUGGCUUUCAUAAGAGUUGUAGAUUCUAAACACCUCUGAAGAUUACAAUCCUUUUAUUAUUCAAAAAACUGCAUAUAUUAUUAUUGAGAUCUUAGAUGUGCCGAAGUCAGGACGUUCAGAGCUUUGUUUCUGAGACCAAUUGUAACACCGAGCACCGUUGCACAUAUUUAGUAUUUUGUAUUACUGAGAAUGGCGUUAAAUGCAUGUCUUAUUACACGGUGUGUUCAGCGUGGGGGAUUGAAGGUUAUGCUGAAAACAAUACUUUUGAAUUGCGUGAUUAUGGGCCAGAUUCAUCGUUGAUGUAAUUCCAAAACCAAUGGAAUUGCACCACGGAUUAAAUUGGUCAUAUGUUCUAAAAUCUCAUGUUGCAUUAAUACGAUUUUUUAGAAAAUGUGUGUGUAGGUGUGGGGGAGGGGGAUGAUUGAAUUUUCUUGAUUUUGGGAUAGGAGCAACUUGAUUGGUCAAACUGCUCAUGUGCUGCAGAACAACCCUCUCCCUGCUUCUCUGCCUUCUAUCCCCCCCACUCACACAUAAAUUGUCUCCUGAGGAGAGACGUACCCCGUUUCUCUUGGUCUAAGAUGAGCUGCAGAAAUUGUAAUGCUACAGCUCUCUCUGUGCCCUAGGAUAGCUCCUGGAUCUAUCAUGAUCUUCCCCAAGAGCCCACUGAAUUAAUAGGAUGGACUGAUCUGAUCCUCUCAACUCCUGCUGUUCAGUGGAGCCAUCUACGUGGUAAGUGAUGGGACUUGCUGGGGGAGGCAUCAGCCUGCUCCUGUGAUCUUUUUGUUUUGUGUCUGCAGCUCUGAGAGUUCUUGCCUCUCUCUCCCUCUCCCCACCCCUUUCACACACUGUUCUUAACAUGAGCAAGUACCCAUUGUGUGAAUGCAGGGAGCACCCACCUCUUUGGCAGAUGGGAGUCUCUGCCCCAUGCUCUUGCAGAGACUGCUGCAUUGUCUGAAUGGCAGCACAGCAAUAAAUUCUGAUCUCAAUGUUCUCUGAUGAUUAAAUGUUUUCUGCUAGCUUGGGGGUGAAUAUCUUAAUUUGUUGGUGAGUUGGCAGCUGCGUUCUUAAAGUUGAGAGAAAUGCUAUGCAAAGUCCUGGUCAUGACUGAUGGUUGCCUGGACAAAACAGCUAAUGUUUUGUGAAGUAAGGCUCCUAAAUAAAAGUAGCCUGAUAAUCAGGUGUACUGAGUACCCAUAAUCUCCACUGCAAGCACUUUAAGCACUUAUUAGCGCUGGAAAAAAUGAGGCCAAUUUUAUUUAGAUCCCUAAAUUAUAGGUGAUACAGGUAGCAAUCCCUACAGUUAAGAUGCUGUUUUUCAGUUAUGUAUAAUCAUUUGAGCUGAAAUUUUCCUUGAUGAGUGUUUGCCUCACACAUGACUUUUUGGUAAACUUCAGCAAAAACGGUUCAGCUAUUUCUCAGAACGAGACUAAGGAAAAAUGUUACUUUUGCCCAUGUUAAAAAAGAUCUUAUAACCAUUGUCUUAAGAAGCUCAAGCAUCUUUAUGCUUUGGAGGAGGGACUUGACAUUUGGCAAGGGGAAUCGUGAU